AUGAACAUUGUACCAACUGUCGACGAUAUCAAGCAUGUGUACGGAUCACUUGCGAUUCCGGCGCAGGGUGAGAGGUGGGAUCAGUUGUUGAGUGCGUUCAAGGAGAGGUUUGGAGCGGAUGCGACUGUGGUUGCCAGGAGUCCUGGACGGGUGAAUUUGAUCGGGGAGCAUAUCGAUUAUUCGGAGUUUGCGGUUUUACCUAUGUCCAUUUCAGCAGAUGUGUUGAUUGCUUUUAGAGCUGUUGAGCCGGAUGCGGAGGGCUAUGAGCCGAAGAUUACCCUUGCGAACGUUUCCGAUAAGUUCCCAGAGCGUGAAGCCGCUGCCGCCGCGACACCAGAGGACGUGGAGAUCGAUGCCAGUAAGCCGGAGUGGAGCAAUUACUUCAAGGUCGGACUACACGGCACACUGGAGCUUCUGCAGAAUAAAUACCCGGGAAAGGAGCUUCCGAAGAUUGGGAUGCAGGUCGUGGUUGACGGAACUGUUCCGCUUGCGUCGGGGUUGUCCAGUUCGGCUGCGAUGGUGUGUACGUCUGCUCUUGCCUGCUUAGUUGCGUAUGGAGAGAAGGGCAUUAGCAAGCACGAAUUGGCGCAGUUGGCAGUCGUGAGUGAACGUGCUGUUGGUGUCAAUUCCGGUGGUAUGGAUCAAAUGGCGUCGGUGUUUGGGAUGGAGGGGAAUGCGUUGUUCGUGGAGUUUAAGCCAAAGUUGGAUGCGACGCCGUUGCAGUUUCCGAGGCAUUUGGAUGAUGGCGUUGCGUUUGUUAUUGCGAAUACGUUGGUGACGUCGGUGAAGCAUCUUACUGCUCCGAGAAACUACAACUUGCGGGUGGUGGAGUGUACGAUUGCAGCGGAGAUCUUGGGAAGGAAGUUGCAACUAGGUGAAUUGGAUGUUCGAGAUGGGUUCGGAGGGACUUUGCGGGACGUCAUGGUCCGCCAGUUCCGCGGCAAGGACGUCCCCAUGGAGGAUCAAUUUGUGGAGAUGCUCCAAAUCGUGGAGGAAGAAUUCCCCAACCCCGACGGCUACACAAGGCAGGAAUUGGCGAGCAUGAUGGGAUGUGAGGAGAAUGAGCUUGUCGAAAAGUACAUGACACGCUUUCCAGUCGAAGCCGAGCGCUUCCAACUCCGCGAUCGUGCGCUACAUGUCUACUCAGAGGCCGCGCGAGUUCUCCAAUUUCAGUCGGCAAUUCAGUCGACGGAGGCGAUCUCCACGGAUGAUUUCUUUACGAAGUUGGGUGGUAUUAUGAACGCCUCGCAAGCAUCGUGUAGAGAUCUCUACAACUGUUCGGUACCUGAGAUUGACGAGAUUUGUCAGUUGGCACUCGCUUCGGGUGCCGAUGGUGCGCGACUGACAGGAGCCGGGUGGGGCGGAUGCUGUGUUUUUCUUGUAAGGAAGAGUCGUGUCGAUGAGUUACUUGAAAAGGUCAACGCUGGGUACUACAGAAAGGGCAGAUUUGAUGAUCGUCAGGCCGAGGUCGACGAAGCAUGCUUCGCCACGGAACCUGCGAGUGGGGCAGUGCUGUACUACCCAUAA